GUAGCAAGCAAAGCCAACCGAACGGUCAAAAGAGAAAGGCAGAAAGCAAUGGAAAAGUUGAAAAUGCCCCCAGAAGUCAACCAAUAGUAGCCAGCAAGCAACGCCCUUGAUUUCAAAAGAAUUUGUCUUUAAUAAUUAUUUUUCUCUCUUCUCUUGUUUACUUUUCUCUUCCCUUGUUUUCCCGUUCAGAUUCCGAGAAAUUCCCCUGGGUUCUUGUUAGUCUUUGGAAAGGACUCCAUUUCCGAUACUGCUAACAUAUUUUCCUGAUUCUACCACUCGCCCCAGUGUCUUGUUCCUCUAUAGAUUCCCAGCUGGGCAUACAUAGAUGGGUAUAUUUCUCAGCACCCCCAAAACACAGAAAUUCUCAGAAGAUGGCGAGAAUGACAGGGUUAGAUAUGGUCUAUCAUCCACGCAAGGAUGGCCUGCAACUAUGGAAGAUGCUUCAUUUGUCUUUUGCGUUGGUUGUCAAAGAAGACAGGAUGGACUGUCAACUCAGGCUAAAAGAGUUGAACGAGGGAACCAGUCUUCCUCUGGGUCUCAUUCCAAACCGAACCAUGCAUUCUCCAUCAAAGAAGCAACUGUGCACGACCUCCAACUUGCUUUCGAGAGGUGCCAACUCACCUCAACGCAACUCGUUGAGUUCUACCUAGGAGAAAUCCACAGACUCAACCCGCUCCUGAGAGGGGUCAUAGAGGUAAACCCGGAUGCUCUGUAUCAAGCUGAUAAUGCGGACAGAGAGCGUAAGGCUAAAGCACCAGGGUCACUGGGUGGCCUGCAUGGUAUUCCUGUUCUGCUCAAGGAUAACAUUGCAACCAAGGAUAAGAUGAGCACCACGGCUGGCUCACUUGCGCUGCUAGGGUCGGUCGUACCUCGAGAUGCAGGCGUGGUAACCAAAUUGAGGAAAGCUGGGGCUAUUAUUCUCGGAAAGGCUAGCUUAAGUGAGUGGGCUCAUUUCAGGGACAAUAGAGCGCCCAGUGGCUGGUGUGCCCGGAGUGGCCAGGGAAAGAAUCCUUAUAAUCUUUCAGCAGAUCCAUGUGGGUCAAGUAGUGGAUCUGCCAUAUCAGUAGCAGCAAAUAUGGCAGCAGUGUCACUUGGGACCGAGACUGAUGGCUCAAUCCUUUGUCCAUCUAGUAACAACGCAAUAGUUGGCAUCAAACCUACUGUUGGUCUUACAAGCCGAGCAGGAGUCAUCCCUAUUACUCCCAGACAGGACACUGUUGGACCCAUGUGCAGAACAGUAGCAGAUGCUGUAUACGUCCUUGAUGCCAUUGCAGGAUUGGAUUAUAAUGAUAAAGCAACCAUUGAAGCAUCAAAGUACAUUCCAGGUGGUGGCUACAAACAGUUUCUAAAACCUUAUGGUCUCAAAGGGAAGAGAUUGGGCUUAUUGAGGAAUAUAUUCUUCUAUUUCGAUAAUGGAUCUAUUUUUGCUGAAGCUUUUGAGCGUCAUUUCUCCACUUUAAGGCAAGGAGGUGCAGUUUUGGUAGAAAAUUUGGACGAAUCCAAGUUUCUGGCUGCGUAUAGCUCCAACACAGACUUCGAAUCUGUAGCAAUGAAUGCUGAGUUCAAAUUGGCCUUGAAUUCUUACCUAAAAGAGCUUGUGGUUUCUCCAGUGCGAUCCCUAAAAGAUAUCAUUGCAUUCAACAAAAAGUUUUCAGAUUUGGAAAACACAAAGGAAUAUGGGCAACAGCUUUUCCUCGAUGCUGAAGCUACGAAUGGCAUAGGCAAGAAAGAGAAGGAGGCACUAUUACAUUUAGCAAAAAUGUCAAGAGAUGGACUGGAGAAAUUGAUGAGCGAGAACAAGCUAGACGCGUUAUUGUCACCAUUUUCAACAGCUUCGCCUGUUCUGGCAAAAGGUGGAUAUCCAGGAAUUAUAGUCCCCGCUGGACAUGAUACCGAGGGGGUGCCUUUUGGCAUAUGUUUUGCAGGACUAAAGGGCUCAGAGCCAACGCUGAUUGAGAUUGCAUAUGCCUUCGAGCAAGCCACUAAGAUUAGGAGGCCUCCUCCGUUCACGCCUUGAAAAGUGGAGUAGAGGUAGGUUUAGAGUCUGUUGGCUUAAUUUUCUUUAAUAAAAAAGUUAUUAUGGAAUUUUUAUGAAAACUAAUAAUUUUUAAAAUUAAGUUAAAUUAUUUGUUAAGUUGUUUGGUAAAAUAAAUUAUAUAAAUUUUAAUUUUGCUUAAAAUUAUCAUAUAAGAUAUUCAUGUCAUCUUUUCUAUCACUUAAUAAAUCAGGAUGGAAUAAAUCUACUUUGAAUUUA